GAAGAUGAAGUUAAUAUGAUAUCAUCUGGCGAGGAAAGUCGACUACACGAAGAUCUGUCGAGUUCUUUAGAGGAUCUUGUCGGUAAUUUCGAUGAAAGAAUAAAUUCAUGUUUGAAAAAUCCGGACGUCAAUACAGAAGAUAUCGCUCCAGUACAAGUUCGAACACAGGAUGAAGUGAUGGCAGAGAGCCAGACAUGGUGGACACUCACAUGCAAUUUCGGCAACAUUCAGCCACUUGACUUUGACAAGUCCGCCAUUCGACGACGUAUGAUGCCGGCAUUGGAUCUCAAGGAGAGAAAGGUCCGUUUUCGCGAUUUCGUUUUGAUUUUCAGAGUAUUAUUUUGGGACUGCCUGUCCGGGCAACCAUCCGAAGUCCUCGAGACAAAUUGA